CGCGGCGGGCGCUCGCCCGGCGGCCGCGCACAGUGAGCGCGGAGCGGGCGGCGGCGAGCGCAGCAGCGGCCGCCACCUCCGCCGCCCCCCGCCGCAGCGCCGCCCCCCGCCCGCCCGCCCGCCCGCCCGCCCGCCCGCGGCGGCGGUGGUGGUGGGACUGCCGUGACUUGCCAGCCGCCGCUUACCUGCCCGGCCCGGGCUGGGCGAUGCGGAGCGGGGGAGGCUGCGCCGGAGGCUGCCGCCGCUUGUGAUGGAUGUUCGGCGGGUGUCUGCCCUCGCUGCCCGGCUGCCCCGCGGCGGAGGACGCGUCUGCCUCGAGCUCCGCUGAACUCCCCGCCUGCCGGGGCCGUUCGCAGAGAGCAGAAAAGCCCGAGCGGCGGUUCCCACCUUCUUGCACCCAGCGCGACCCUCGCAGGCUCCUUGGCAGGCUGGCGGCGGCGAUGGCAGCGGCGGCUUCCCGGGGGCUGCACUAAGAGCCUCGUGUUUUCUUUCCCCUUUCUCCUCAGAGGCACUGCAUCCUCCGGAGCCGGCUGCUCGCGCGCACUUUUGUACCCACCGGGGCGAUCGGGAGACCAUGUUGUCUGGUGGCAGAAGUGCGUUUCUGCGCCUCGGGAUGCUGUUGAGCCUUUGGAGCUCCGUCAGUUGGAUGCCCGUCGGAGGAUGCCCCCACAAGUGUACGUGCAUUGCUUCCAGCGUGGACUGUCACGGCCUGGGGCUGAAGACUGUGCCGCGGGACAUCCCCCGGAGCGCGGAGCGGCUUGAUCUAGAAAAAAAUAAUAUCACAAGAAUCACGAAGACGGAUUUUGCGGGACUGAAGAAUCUCCGCGUCUUACACUUGGAAGAAAAUCAGAUUAGCGUGAUAGAACGUGGAGCAUUUCAGGAUCUAAAGCAACUCGAACGGCUGCGUCUGAACAGGAAUAAAUUGCAAGUUCUCCCAGAGCUGCUUUUUCAGAACACGCAGAAGUUAACAAGAUUAGACCUGAGCGAAAACCAGAUAAAAGGAAUCCCUAGGAAGGCCUUUCGAGGAAUCAUCGAUGUGAAGAACUUGCAGCUGGACAACAACCAGAUCAGCUGCGUGGAGGACGGCGCCUUCCGAGCCCUGCGCGACCUGGAGAUCCUUACUCUCAACAACAACAACAUCACCCGCAUUCCUGUUACCAGUUUCAAUCACAUGCCGAAGAUCAGGACUCUGCGGCUUCACUCCAAUUUCCUGCACUGCGACUGCCACCUGGCCUGGCUCUCCGACUGGCUGCGGCAGCGGCGCACCAUCGGCCAGUUCACCUUCUGCCUGGCACCUGUGAGCCUCCGGGGCUUCCUCGUGGCCGAGGUUCAGAAGAAGGACUUCGUCUGCUCUGGUUCCCAGUCUGAAGCUCCGUCGUGCAGUGCCAGUUCCAUCACUUGCCCAUCUGCCUGCACCUGCAGCAACAACGUGGUGGACUGUCGAGGACGGGGCUUAAUAGAAAUUCCAGCUAACCUACCGGAGGACAUUUGGGAAAUACGUUUGGAACAAAACCUCAUCAAAGUCAUUCCUCCUGGAGCUUUUACCCAGUACAAGAAACUUAAGAGAAUAGACAUCAGCAAGAAUCAAAUAUCUGACAUUGCGCCUGAUGCGUUCAAAGGCUUGAAAUCUCUCAUUUCAUUAGUGCUCUAUGGAAACAAGAUCACAGAGAUUCCCCAGGGCCUUUUUGAUGAUCUUGUGUCUCUGCAGCUGCUGCUUCUCAAUGCCAAUAAGAUCAACUGCCUGAGGGUAAACACGUUCCAAGGUCUGCAUAAUCUCAAACUGCUAUCUCUUUAUGACAACAAGCUGCAGACCAUCAGCAAGGGGCUCUUUGCACCUCUCCGAUCGAUCCAGACUCUACAUUUAGCUCAGAAUCCAUUUGUGUGCGACUGCCAUUUGAAGUGGCUGGCUGAUUACCUGCAGGAUAAUCCGAUAGAAACCAGCGGCGCUCGAUGCAGCAGUCCGCGUCGCCUUGCCAACAAACGCAUCAGCCAGAUCAAGAGCAAGAAGUUCCGCUGCUCAGGGUCAGAGGAUUACAGAAGCAAAUUCACCGGGAAGUGCUUCAUGGACCUUGUCUGUCCUGAGAAGUGUCGCUGCGAGGGAACAAUCGUAGACUGCUCUAACCAAAAACUAACCCGAUUACCCAGUCACCUUCCUGAAUAUACUACUGAUCUGCGUUUGAAUGACAAUGAUAUUUCUGUUCUGGAAGCUAUCGGACUCUUCAAGAAAUUGCCAAACCUCAGAAAAAUAAAUCUGAGCAACAAUAAGAUCAAGGAGAUCCGGGAUGGCACAUUUGAUGGGGCUUCAGGAGUGCAGGAACUGAUUUUGACAGAGAAUCAACUGGAAUCAGUGCAUGGACGAAUGUUUAGAGGCCUCACAGGGCUGAAGACAUUGAUGCUGAGGAGCAACUCUAUCAGCUGUAUAAACAACGACACCUUUGCGGGCCUGAGCUCAGUGAGGCUGCUUUCCCUGUACGACAACCACAUCAGCACCAUCACCCCUGGAGCCUUCAGCACACUAGUCUCUUUGUCUACGAUUAAUUUGCUGGCUAACUCCUUUAACUGUAACUGCCACUUGGCUUGGCUGGGAAAAUGGCUGAGGAAGAAGCGAAUUGUCAGUGGAAAUCCACGCUGCUUGAAACCUUUUUUCUUAAAGGAUAUUCCAAUCCAAGAUGUCGAUGCCCAGGACUUCACCUGUGAUGGUAACGACGAGAGCAGCUGCUCGCUCUCUCCGCCCUGUCCCCCGCAGUGCACCUGCCUGGACUCGGUGGUGCGCUGCAGCAACAAAGGGCUGCGCGUCCUGCCCAGAGGGAUUCCCAAAGACGUGACCGAGCUAUACCUGGAAGGAAACCAUCUGACUGCUGUACCUAAGGGGCUGUCGGCAUUCAGACACCUGACUCUGAUUGAUUUGAGCAACAACAGCAUAAGCGUACUGGCCAAUUACACCUUCAGCAACAUGACUCAGCUAUCGACACUGAUCCUGAGUUACAACAGGCUGCGGUGCAUACCGGUCCACGCCUUCGACGGGCUCAGGUCUCUCCGCGUGUUGACACUGCAUGGGAACGCCAUCGCCACCCUGCCCGAAGGCUCCUUCGGUGACCUGGUCUCCCUCUCCCACCUGGCUCUGGGCACCAACCCUUUGCACUGCGACUGCAGCCUGCGCUGGCUCUCCGAGUGGGUGAAGGCGGGCUACAAGGAGCCGGGGAUCGCGCGCUGCAGCGGGCCGGAGCCCAUGGCCGACAGGCUGCUGCUCACCACGCCGACCCACCACUUCCAGUGCAAAGAGCCGGUAGAUAUCGCUGUUGUGUCCAAGUGUAACCCUUGCCUCUCCAACCCGUGUAAGAACAAUGGGACGUGCAGCAAUGAUCCCGUGGAGUUUUAUCAGUGCACUUGCCCUUUUGGCUUCAAGGGUCGAGACUGCAGUGUGCCCAUUAAUUCUUGCAUUCAAAAUCCAUGUCAGAAUGGAGGGACCUGCCACCUCACCGAGGCAAAUAAAGAUGGAUUCAGCUGUUCUUGCCUCCUUGGGUAUGAGGGGGAGAGGUGUGAAAUAAAUCCAGAUGACUGCGAAGAUAAUGACUGUGAGAAUAACUCUACAUGCGUGGAUGGGAUCAACAACUAUGUCUGUCUCUGCCCUCCUAAUUACACAGGUGAACUGUGUGAUGAGGUGAUCAACCAUUGCAUUCCUGAGCUAAAUCCCUGCCAACAUGAGUCCAAAUGUCUCCCCCUUGACAAAGGAUUCAGAUGCGAGUGCUUGCCGGGCUACAGCGGCAAACACUGCGAGGUAGAUGACGACGACUGCGUAGGCCAUAAAUGCCGGCACGGUGCUGUCUGCGUGGACGCGGUCGACGCCUACACCUGCGUCUGUCCUCAGGGCUUCAGUGGGCUCUUCUGCGAAAACCCUCCGCCGAUGGUCCUGCUGCAGACGAGCCCGUGUGACAACUACGAGUGCCAGAACGGGGCGCAGUGCAUCGUGGUGCACCACGAGCCCGUCUGCCGCUGCCUGGCAGGCUUCGCCGGGCAGAAGUGCGAGAAGCUCAUCACUGUCAACUUUGUUGGGAAGGAUUCCUACGUGGAGCUGCCAUCGGCCAAAAUUCGCCCUCAGGCAAACAUCUCCCUCCAGGUAGCAACAGACAAGGACAACGGCAUCUUGUUGUACAAAGGCGACAAUGAUCCUUUGGCUUUGGAGUUGUACCAAGGACAUGUGAGGCUCAUCUACGACACGCUCAAUUCUCCACCUACCACAGUAUACAGUGUGGAAACAGUGAACGAUGGGCAGUUUCAUAGCGUGGAGCUGGUGAUGCUGAAUCAAACUCUGAACCUGGUGGUGGACAAGGGGACUCCCAAGAGUCUGGGAAAACUCCAGAAACAAUCUUCUGUCAGCCUCAACACACCCCUCUACAUUGGAGGGAUCCCAACCUCUACUGGAUUAUCUUCACUGCGCCAGGGUGCAGAUAAGACACCAAAUGGCUUUCAUGGAUGCAUUCAUGAUGUCCGCAUCAAUAAUGAGCUGCAGGAUUUCAAGGAUUUACCACAGCAGUCACUAGGCGUCUUUCCUGGUUGCAAAUCCUGUAACAUCUGCAAGCAUGGCAUUUGCCGGUCCCUAGAGAAAACAAGUGUGAUUUGUGAAUGUCACCCAGGCUGGACAGGCCCCCUCUGUGACCAGGAAAUUGGAGACCCAUGUCUUAACCACAAGUGUCUGCAUGGCAAGUGCACGGCGGCCAAUGUUGCUUACACCUGUAAGUGCAUGGAUGGCUACACGGGCAUGUACUGUGACAAGAAGAACAAUUCCUCAACCCCCUGCAGGACUUUGAAAUGCAACCACGGGCAGUGUAAACUUUCCGAGCACGGGGAACCCUACUGCGAAUGUGAUCCUAACUAUAGCGGAGAACAUUGUGACAGAGAGAAUCUCUGUCAAGGCGAGAUCGUUCGGGAAGUCAUCCGUAAGCAGCAGGGCUACACGUCGUGCGUCAGCGCCUCCAAGGUGCCCCGCAUGGAGUGCCGCGGCAGCUGCAGCCACGGGCACUGCUGCGUCCCUCUGCGCAGCAAAAGGCGGAAAUACAUCUUCCAGUGUGCCGAUGGCUCCACCUUCAUGGAAGAGCUGGAGAGACACGUGGAGUGCGGCUGCUCAAAAUGCUUAUAAGCCAUUCUCCAGUCCUUGCCACUUUAAUCGACUCAGAAGCGCUAUCAAAACGGGACCUAUUUACUUUCAGAGUGAAGAAGAAGAAAAGAAUUAUUAAGUAUAUUGUAAAAUAAACAAAAAAUAGAACUUAUUUUUAUUAUGGAAAGUGACUAUUUUCAUCUUUUAUUAUAUAAAGUAUCGCACCACUUUGGGUAUAUGUAUCAUAUAGUGAGUUAUUUUUACCAUGAAGCUUUUUUUAACAGUUGUAAGAAUAAAAAACCUAAAAAAAAGCUAAAAUUAAAAAAGAUAUAUAAAGAAAACAUAGCCUAACAGGAAAGAUGUGGGGGUGACUUCAAUGUAUGCACAAUGGACAAGUGUAAAGGUGUCCCAAGGACCUGCCGCAGAAUUGAUACAGGCUGAAGAAAUCUCCGAGCUUCUGGGUGGGUCUCCUAAGAAAGUGGUUCCCCAUAACUGAUAGCCACCUCACCUAUUCAGGCACCCUGAAAAAGCCUCCCCCUCGGUCCCUAGCCCUGCCUAACACUGCUGAUGCUGUUUUGUUCCUGUACAGUGGCUCAGCUUGAUAUUCUUGAACCAGUUCCCCAUAGCACAUAGGCACUGCCAUAGCUUAAGGCUAACUACAUUAUUUGAAUAUUGUAAUACUAUAAUACAUUUUUGCUGUGUAUGUUUGUAUUUAUCUUUGUUCACAAUAUAUUCUUCAGCAACUGUAUCUAUAGAGCAAAGGCAGCUUUAUCCAAAAGAGGGGGACAAAGGGAAAGGAAGUGGGGAAUAUAUGUCGUUUUGGGAAAUUUGGGGGCAAAAUGUGAUGCCUAAAGUAAUGCCUAAUAAAUGUCAUACUAAUUUUGUGUUAACUCCUCACCUAUAUUAUUUCCUAGGUCUGUGCCUUCUUGCUCCCAGCCGUGAGCCCUUUUUUGUAUAUGAAAUAUAAGGAAUGCACUGCUUGUCGCCUUGACACUUUAACUUGCAAAGGUCAUAGAGAGCAUGAAAAUAAUACAGGUGCCAGAUUUACCUGCAGCACAGUGGCUUUUACUCUCACUGUCACUUCAGCCAAGAUGUAAUCUGGUCUGUAGCUGCCUGUUCAUCAAGACUUUGGUACCGAGCAGUUGGCUGCUUUUCCACAGCCUUUUAAAUGAGCGGAAGUUGCACUAUGUCCGUGUGAUGUUCUUUAGCCUCCACUUGUCCAUUGUAGCAGCACUCUCCUCUUUGCGUAGGGAGAGACUUUACAGCUACGUCCAGUUCUGUUCUCACAUCUGGUUUGGAUUGACCGAUGCAGCCGAAGUUUUUCCAUCCCAUUGCUCAUCCUGCACUUGUUUCUCCCAAAGUACUCCUGUUAACUUCAGCAGUGUGUGCAGAGCGAAUGCUGAAUACGAAGCAGAAAUCAAUGCAGAGAGAAAUUCUCACUGUGAACGUGAGGCAAAAACUGACUCUUUGGGAGUGAGUUUGAUUUUUGGAGGGUUUUUGGUGGGGCUACCUUUCAGAGUCAGUGAUUACAUGCAAAGGGUACCAUGGAUACUUUGAAGUUUCUCUUACUAUAAAUUUCAAAUGUCCCAAUCAAUAACUGUUUAAAUCAGUGUAAUUAUCAGUGUAAUUUCUUUCUUUUACUAGUAUAGCAAAUAUUGUGGUCCUUUCUUCAAUGUCUCCUUCUGUAAGAGGUAAAGUCAGAGAUUAGUUCCAGAAACCAUAAGCCCCUUUUGGAAAUGGUCACUGGUGUCACCACGAAGAUUUUGCAUCACAGGCUUUAGCAAGGAUGAAUAGGAAAGCUGAAUCAAGUAACUAGUGCUUGUGUUUGACCGAGGUUUUGGAAAGGAGGGAGCACAGAAUCAAAUCCUGCUAUGAAAAGUACAAAUGUUCAUUUCCUGCUAAAGAACAGACAGUGACCGUGUAGCCAUCGUGCAACCAAAAAAGCUCUAACGUGCUUAGCAUUCUGCUAUUUAAAUGUUUGCUUAACCACAGCACUUCAUUCAUAUGUUUUUGUUACUACCAGAGCAAGUUGAGCAGAAAGGACAUAAUCAAUACAAUAGCCAUCUUUCAAAAUAAAUACUGGUACGUGGAGCCUGCAAUCAGUGAAGCAUAAAACAAUCACAAGUUAAUGUGCCAAAAUCUGAUUGAAACAGUACAAUUCAAGAGCCAGGGGGAAAAAAUAACCCUGGUUGUAAAGUACUACGGUCUUCUUUUUAUUUUGAAUAUAAUGUCAGAUGCUUAAAGCAGCUGGAGGUUAUAAUAUACACCCAAACCCACAACCUACAGAUUUAGAAAAUGUGUGCAAGUAACUGCAGACACUUGUGUAAAGAUGUGCCUGGCACAACACUAUCGCUAAUGUUACAUUCCUGCUUAAUACACUUUAAUUUCCAAAGAAGCGGCUGCUGUUAUGCCAGGUAGGCGAUAUCCAGGCUGAGCAGUGGCUGACAAGCCCUGUGUGGCCCACUGCACAAUCCAUAGCCACUAAACUGCCCGGGCCUGGAGAAGCACUGCCCCUCUCGAACACUAACCAAAAUUGCGUUCACUUUGUCCCCUGAGCAGCAGCACGCACGAGAGAGAAGUUAACGUUCACUCUUGGCCUCGCACCUGCUUGAGGGUGCUUUAAAAGGCAUGACCUCAACUGGCAAGGCAAAAAGCCAUCAGCAUCUUGUUAGCACGUCACUCUGGGAUUUAUUUAACCAAAGCCUUGCAGCAAAGUGACCAGCAACAGCUCAGCAAGGCUGGCCCUGUUCGUGGCCCUCUUCUGUCAGGGCAUUUCAAUGCUAAGCGUUGGGACAACAAAAAGAGAGUAUCUAUUUUGUAAACAAAUGAUGUAAUUUUUGUAUGCUUUUAGGCAGCACUUGCCAUUGGAUAGUGAUACGUUAUGUCAAUGACUCUAUGACUCGCUACAGAAUUAUUUUAUGUUAAAAAGAAAAGAAAAAGCAUUCAGAAGUGCCAAAAAUGUGAGGUCAGCUGAAGUGUUAAUUAGCUCUGCAAGUUCCUCUGUAACCUGCCUAAUGUUACAAUAGAUUUCAACUACUGUCAGUACAAUGCAGUAGUUUUUACCUCUAUAAAGUUUUAAUAUAAAGUGAAGAUGCUAACUCUCAAAAAAAUGGCAAUGCAGACUGGUGUGAACUGAUGUAUUCUAUUAAUAGAUUCUCCUUGUGAUGUAAGUUUAAAUAAAUUGUUGGGUUAUGGAAGAUUGUAAGAUA